AUGUUACCACACACCCUCCUAUACACCCUCUUCAUCGCAACAUCAUCAGCAGCAUUCAUCCCCCCACCACGCAUCCCCACGCCCCCAAAACCCCAAAUCAUCGAACCCAUCGCACCCGCACCAGCAGCACCCAACCCAUACAGGCCAGCCGACCGACCAGACCCUGAAGCGACACCAGGCUUUGACGCACCUGAAAUGACCGGAGGCUUUCAAGCACCUAAGCCGACUGGAAGCUUUGAAGUGCCUGAUGUGCCCCUACCUGACGAUCAAGAUGAGACUGCGUCGAAAGUCGCGUCUAGGCCAUAUGGAAAUCCAGCGAAGACUUUGUCGCCCGCACAGGUGGCGGCUUCUUUUGCUGCUUCGAAGUCAACUGCGACCCAUUCAACUGCGACUCCUACAACAGGGAUGACGGUGCCGGCUACGACUGGUGGUGCGGCGAGGAUCGAGGAUGUGGGGUUGGGUAUGACUCUGGUCGGCUUCUACGCCGCUAUCCCGGCUGCAGUCGCAGCUUGCACUUGCAUAACCCUCGAUGGCAUCACCGUUCCUGGAAACUCGAGUAUCGAUCUUACGAAGCUGAAGACUGGAACCAAGGUUACGUUCAAAGGAAGGACCUUCUGGGAGUACGCCGAUGCAAACUAUGCCUUCAUCAAGGUGGCAGGUACCAAUGUCGAAAUCACUGCCGAAGAAGACGCAGUACUUGAUGGCAACGGUCAGGCUUGGUGGGAUGGCCUUGGUAGCAACGGAGGCGUUGCUAAGCCGAACCACUUCAUUGAGGUGAAGGUGCUUGGAAAGAGUUCCGUACACGAUAUCUACAUCAAGAACUAUCCGGUCCACUGCUUCAGUAUCAGCAACAGCGCUGGUCUGGAUGUCCACCACAUUACGCUGGACAACAGCGACGGAUAUGCGCCCAACAACCGCUCCAACGGUCUUCCUGCAGCACACAACAGCGAUGGAUUUGGUCUGAGUAGCACCAACAAUACUAAGGUUCGCGACAGUGUCGUUAUCAACCAGGAUGAUUGUGUAGCUGUCACCAGUGGAGACAACAUCCACGUCAGCAACAUGUACUGCAACGGCAGCCACGGUCUCUCCAUCGGAUCUGUGGGUGGAAAGUCAAACAACAACGUAACAAACAUCUCAUUCACAAACUCCGUGGUUCUCAACGCCGAGAACGGAGCCCGCAUCAAGUCGAAUUCCAACACCACCGGUUUCAUCUCCAACAUCCACUACGAGAACAUUCGCGUUGAAAACAUCUCCAUCUACGGAAUCGACAUCCAGCAAGACUACCUAAACGGUGGGCCAACUGGCAACCCCACGAACGGUGUCAUCAUCCAAAACAUCACCAUGAAGAACAUCUUUGGCACCGCAACUGAGGAAGGAAAGAACUACUACAUCCUUUGUGGAGAAGGAAGCUGUAGCGAUAUCAAGAUCGACAACGUUCGUAUCACUGGAGGUGGGGAAGAGAGUUCAUGCAAUUUCAAGACGGAGGGCAACUUUGACUGCGAUGGACACUUUGUAUGA